UUUUUUUCUUUUUUUUUUUUGUAUUGACCAACUUAAAAAACAAAAGUUUCAUGAUAGCAUAUCCAAAUCCACUCGCAUGUUUACUCAAUUUCCCUUACGUCACCGCUUACCUCAUCAUAACGAGUUGAUAAACUGACGACUCUUUAAAUUCACACACACCUACUUCCCACCACACACGACUCCGCUUCCCACCUGUCGGUUCUCAACCUUCGUCCGUAUCUGGAUCCUUCAAUCUCGGCCGUUCUUUCGUGAAACCCAUCUGUCUAUAUAAUAUUAACAUCCUCUUCACAUCUUUCAUCAAUCAAAGAUAAAAAAAAUGGCUAUCAAACUUUACGGUUCCGCUGCUUCAACCGCUACUCUUCGUGCUAAGGCUUGUCUCGCCGAGAAGGAGCUCGAUUAUGAGUUUGUUACCGUCAACAUGGGCAAUAAAGAGCACAAGACUCCUGAAUUUUUAACCCGUAACCCGUUCGGUCAGGUUCCAGCUUUAGAGGAUGGUGAUCUCAAGCUCUUCGAAUCAAGGGCAAUUACUCAAUACUUAGCUCAUACAUACCCCGACAACGGAACCAACCUAAUAAUCCAUGACCCGAAAAAGAUGGCAAUAGUUGGCGUGUGGAUCGAAGUUGAGGCACAAAAAUUCGACCAGUUUGGAUCAAAACUAGCAUGGGAGCUAGCAUACAAACCCAUGUUCGGUUUGACAACCGACGAGGCAGCGGUGGAAGAGCACGAGAAGAAGCUAGAGCAAGUGCUCGACGUGUAUGAAUCACGGUUGUCCGAAAGCAAGUAUUUGGGUGGUGAUUGCUUCACAUUGGCGGAUCUUCACCACCUUCCAGUUCUGAAGUAUUUGUUUGGAACAAAGGCGAAGAGGCUGUUCGACGCAAGGCCGCAUGUCAGCGCCUGGGCUGCCGAGAUACAGUCCAGGCCUGCAUGGGUGAAAGCAACCACGGCUUGAUUUCAUAGUGUGUAUUUGAGGCUUUCACGUGUUAAGAGUGAUAUUGUGUAAGAUUAGAGUGUGUAAUGUUUGUUGCCCACUCAAAUAAGUUAAGUGUCAAAACAAUAAUAUAAGUUUUUUUUUAUGCUUAGCUGAAACCAGUUGAAUUGUUCA